GGCGGAUUCCACCAUGAGAGUGUCCAAUUUUCCAUUUCCUUCAUCUUGAAUAUACGAAAGGUUGAUAAUAAUAAAAGCCAUUUAGUCCUAACUUCGACUGUAGAAGGAGGUCCAAAUAACACAGAUAAAUAUUGUCGUGUAUCCGACGAGUCCAUAUCCACCACCGAGAUUGGACCAGUCCAUCUGCCGAGUAAAAGAUCCAACCCACUCUGCUAAGGCGGUUAAGUAACACCAUAUCUGGUAGGACUCAGAGAUCUUCUAAACCUAUAAAUAAGGAUGAUUAUUCCAUAAUGACGGUACGCUAUUUCUAGCAUCAAUUUGCAUAAUAUAAAUAUCUCCUUAACUCUAUUUUUUUACUUAAGUAUUAGGGUGUUUACCCUCGAGAGACCCCGAGUCUCUAUUUUGCAGGAAACCCUAUCGGAGUUCCACUAUAAAGCCGGCGACACAAUUCCAGAAUUGGUCAGUAUCUGAUUUUGGAGAAAAUGGCAGCUUCCCCUUCUUGUACGGUAGAGGUCUUCUUCUUCUACACAGGCCUAGAAUUAUACGUGAGUUUUUUUUUUUUUUUUUGGGGGGCCCCUCAUACAUGAAAGUCCAAAGUUCUAGUAUAUUUUAUUAUUAUUACUUCCUUAGUGGACGGUCAUAUUGAGACGCAAGGGGUAUCUGAUAUUUUCAAUGCGAUAGAUAUUAUAUGAAUAUUAAAUAAACGAACUGGACCAACUCUGGUUUUGUACAUAAAGAAAAAAACAAAAACAUAAAAUGAGUGAUCAAUCUGUUGAGGAUAAAAUUCCUUUGUUGUCUUUGAAGUGAUGCUGCAUGCUAACAGCCAGUCGUCUCUGUCCUCAUUAUACAUAACGUUCAUCUGCUAAAAACCAAAUCUUGCAAACGAGAAUCAUUCUUCUGGAAACCACCUAACGAUCCUCUUUUACCAAUUCUUAAUUAUUGACCAAUUUUAACUCUUCUUCAACAACAUUGAUGACUUCAGUCCAAUGAAUCUUUUUCUCUCUUUUAAAACACCAGAUGUACUUUGAUCUACACUGUUUAUUUUCUCCUUAAGAUAGAUUAAAGAAGGAAAAAAAAAAAGGGGUAUGAAUCCAAUUCCCCUGUUCCAAAAACUAAACCAGUUCUUCAGCAAUAUCAUCUCAUCGUUACAAUUCAAAUCCAUUGAUUCCGAUUACCAUGAUCAUUAUCUUGUUAUUUCAACAAUUGUAUUCGUUCUUGUAUCAACAUGGGUAAUACCGAAACUUAUAAAAUUGGCCAGGGGUGAAAAACCAUUGCCACCAGGUCCACCGGGUUUACCCCUGGUAGGAAGUCUCCCAUUUAUUGAUCCUGAACUCCACUCCUACUUUGCUAAUCUGGCCCGGAAAUACGGUCCCAUCUUCUCCCUCAGGCUCGGUGGGAAGGUCGCCGUCGUCAUUUCUUCUCCGGCCAUAGCCCGGGAAGUCCUGAAGGAUCAAGAUACAAUCUUUGCAAACCGUGACCCGCCGGUUGUGAUCACGGCGAUGGAUUACGGCGGACACGACAUAGUUUUUACGCCAUACGGCCCUGAAUGGAGAAUGCUGAGGAAGGUUUGUGUAAGGGAUAUGCUUGGCCAUGCUAAUCUUGAUGCAGUUUAUUCAUACAGGAGACAGGAAAUCAGGAAUACCGUGAAGUACUUCUAUGAUCGGCGAGGAUCUCCGGUGGAUGUCGGCGAACAGAUGUUCUUGACUGUGCUGAAUGUGAUUACAAGUAUGUUAUGGGGCGGUACAAUUCAGGGGAAAGAAAGGGCUGCCAUUGGAGCAGAGUUCAAGCAAGUUGUUGGAGAAGUGACAAAGCUAUUAGGGAUGCCUAAUGUUUCGGAUUUCUUUCCGUGGUUGGCUUUUUUGGAUUUGCAGGGUGCAAAGAAAGAGAUGAAAAUAGUCAUCUCCAGACUUGAAGAAAUUUUUCAGAGGAUAAUUGAUCAAAGGACACGGAUGGAUGGGCAGAAACACACACAGAAAGGUGGUGAUGGUAAUAAUCAGAGCAAAGACUUCCUUCAGGUUCUUUUGCAGCUUAAAGCUCAGGCAGAUGCCAAAACGCCAUUAACCAUGGAUCAUGUUAAGUCCAUGCUUGUGGAUAUGGUGGUGGGAGGGACGGAAACGACAUCAAACACGGUUGAAUUCACCAUGGCAGAGAUGAUGAACAAGCCAGAGAUCAUGAAGAAAGCACAGCAAGAAUUGGACAGUGUAGUUGGAGAAGGCAAUGUAGUAGAAGAGUCUCACAUUCAGAAACUGCCUUACCUUCAUGCAGUAAUGAAAGAAGCCCUGCGCCUCCACCCUGCACUUCCAUUAAUGGUAAAUCAUUGUCCCAGCCAAACCACCACUGUAAGCAAUUACAGGGUGCCAAAGGGUGCUCAAGUAUUCGUCAAUGUGUGGGCAAUUCAUAGGGAUCCUUCGAUUUGGGAGGACCCUUCGGAAUUCCGUCCUGAAAGGUUCUUGAAUGGAAAAGGGGAUUACAGUGGGAAUGAUUAUAACUAUAUUCCAUUUGGGUCUGGAAGAAGAAUGUGCGCAGGAAUGGCAAUGGGUGAGAGGAUGGUUUUGUUCUCCCUGGCUUCAUUGUUGCAUUCUUUCAACUGGGAAUUGCCUGUUGGAGCGAAACUCGAAGUUGCUGAGAAGUUUGGAAUUGUUUUGAAGAAGAAGUCACCGUUGAUUGCAAUUCCGACUCCAAGGUUGAAUGGUUCAGCAUUUUAUGAGUUUGAGAGCUAGAAGACUACAAUGAAACCAGCAUAUAUAUAUAUAUAUAUAUCAUAAUUCAGAGCAGAUGGGAUGUUUGAGAUUUCAUAUUAAGCUCUUUCUGUGUUUCGUGCGGAUUUUCAUCCGGCUCUUAUUUCCUAGAGACUACAAAUUAUGAUUAACAUUACAAUCUUUUCACAUAUUUUUGAUGAUUAUCUUCGCCUCUUCAAUAAGUAUAGUGGUGUCAGUACUGAUUAACUUAACGUACUUAGAAGUUGAAUGCCCCUUGGUUCCCUAACACCUAAAUGAUGCUCCAUCCAGACUCCAGUCCUAUUUAUAUGAAACAUUUACACAUUUACUCCCUUUGUCCGAAAUGAUUGUCCAGUUUUGAUUUUUACUUUCAGUACAAUUUGUACUAGAAAUGAAAUUCCAAAUUUCGGGACGGAGGGAUUAUCUUAGUUUGAUAUUUAUGCUUUAACCGGGAUGAGUGUUUGGAGGCAAGAGAUGAAGUGGUUUCACAUCCUGUACAAAAAAAUCUGCAACGUGAGCAUGUACACGUGCAUCAAAGUCAAGUUCUACAGAUGAUUGUCUACCUCUUUUUGAAGUAUUUCUCCACGAGUUCAAAUUGAAUUCUGAUAGUUCACACUUAAUAGUUCAGGAAUCAUGAUUCAUGAGUUUGUGAUUUGCCAAAUUGGAACAGCAUUUCUAAAAUUGUACUGGUG